AUGUGCCAGACUCGUGAAACUAUUAAUCGUACAUUUCUGUAUAUUAUUUGGGGAGGAGCUGGAUUUGGUAGUGAACUGAAUCAAUUAUUACUGGCAUUUGCAUAUAGUGUAGCGUCGAAAAGACAUUUUCUUAUUGAUAGUCGAGAAUGGAAUUACGGAAACUUUAAUGACUAUUUUAAUCUUCAAACAAAUCUACCUUAUUCAUUAUCAAAUUAUACAUUUAUUACUGAGAUUAGUCGUAAAAAUGACCAGAUAGAACAUUUAAAAACUACUCGAACGGGAUCGCAAGUGGGAACGUUUUGGCAAGCUACACGACAUUUGCAAUCCAUUGAAAUAAAACGUCGCGUAGCACAUUAUUUAUGGCAACAUAUGACUGAAGAAACAUCGUUAUUCAUUCAAAACCAUAUAAUAUCAAAUAUAUCGAACUACAUCGGUGUACAUAUUCGUAGAGGAGAUAAAUUAGUCAAAGAAGCUCGUCUAAUACCAUUACAAAAUUAUAUUAAAAUAAUUGAACAAAGAAAAUUAAUAAAGAAUAAAAGUGAACACAUAUUUGUCUCCUCAGACGAUCCUUUAGUGAUCGAAGAAUUACGUCAUUUAAAACCAAUGUGGAAUUUUGUUAGUAUAUACAAAAUUAGUUAUAACACUACUCGACAACGUGGUCAUUUUCAAUCGCAAUUCAAUCGUUUAUCAUCGAGAGAAAAAUCGUUUGAAACACGUUUAUUGAUGAGUGAGCUACAAAUGUUGAUCAACUCACAGUAUGUUCUUUGCUCAAUGUCAUCCAAUGUUUGUCGACUUAUACAAAUAUUAAGACAUCGACAUCCCUCAACUGUUAUUUCGUUGGAUAAAUCAUGGUAUGGAAGCUAA